CCUCUUCCUUGCGCUCGUCGUCCGCAGCGACCUCGGCGUCGUCUCUUGCAUCUUCUACGACAGUUUGACGCGUCUGCUGGGGCUCUGACUGGGCUUGUCUUCAUCCUCUGGCUGUCUUAGAAUACAUCCGGCCAAUACAUCGGCCCUUCCACGCUCGUUCUCGCUUCACAUCUAUACCACGGCUUGUUUCUCAUCUCUACAAUGGUCGAAGACAAGUAUAUCGGUCUCUCUCUGGCCGUCUCUAGCUCAUUAGCUAUCGGUACGAGCUUCAUCCUCACGAAAAAGGGUCUUAAUCAAUCAGGCGACUCGGCAUAUGCAUCGGCAUCCGAGAACUACGCUUACUUCAAGAAUCCACUAUGGUGGGCAGGAAUGUCAACGCUAAUCAUUGGUGAAAUUGCGAACUUUGCGGCAUAUACUUUUGCCCCUGCAAUACUUGUUACGCCUCUCGGUGCACUCAGUGUGAUCAUUGGCGCCAUCCUCGCCUCAUUCCUCCUUGACGAAGAGCUCGGCCAUCUUGGACGUGUCGGCUGCGCGCUAUGUCUAUUAGGUUCCCUCAUAAUAGUGUUGCACGCUCCUCCGGACAAGGAUGUGCAGACAGUAGAUGAAAUACUGAAUUAUGCCCGUCAACCAGGUUUCAUGAUGUACUGCUUCACGGUCCUCGUGUUCAGCCUGGUCAUGAUAUACGCCGUUGUGCCCAAAUACGGGCGGACCAACCCGGCCGUAUACAUCUCCAUCUGCUCCCUCGUCGGAUCGAUAUCUGUUAUGGCCAUCAAAGGCUUCGGAGUCGCGGUCAAACUCACUCUGGCCGGACACAACCAGUUCUCCCACCCGAGCACGUACGUGUUCGGUGUCACCGUCGUCGGGUGCAUCCUGGUCCAGAUGAACUACUUUAACAAAGCCCUCGACACAUUCUCCACGAACGUGGUCAACCCGAUGUACUACGUCGGCUUCUCCACAGCAACCAUCGUCGCCUCCGUCAUCCUCUUCCAGGGCUUCAACACCACCGACCCCGCGAACUCGAUCUCGCUCCUCGCCGGCUUCAUCACGACCUUCCUCGGCGUGCACCUCCUCGAGAUCUCGCGCAAGCCCGACCCCGGCGCCGAGCCGCUCCCGCACCACACCGCGCUCACCGCCGGGCUCAUGAACCCGCGCCUGAGCAUCUCGGGCCGCAUGUCCAUCGACGGCUGGAACGGCGCGGCCGGCACGCCCAUCGGCGGCUCGCACCAUGGCGUGCCCUUCUCGCCCGUGCACGGGCGGCGCAGCUCGCUCUACCGCAACCAGACGCAGACGCUCUUCAGCGCGUUCGGAGAGGACGAGUACGAGUACGGUGAUGCCGAUGGGGCUGCGCGCCAUGGCGUCGGGCUGAACACGCUGCACGAGGGCGCGGAGGACGACGAGCUCGAGGCGGACGAGCGCACGCACCUGCGCUCGGGGCGGCGGCACGGGUCGCGCAGCCAUAGCGGCUCCCCGCGGCAUUCGCCUAGGAUCUGAGGGGCGGUGAGGAUAUAUGGACCGUGCUUUCCUAUUGUUAUAAUCGGACUAUGAAGGUAUUGCUAUCAUAUACUCGUGCUAUUUGUAUACCAGCGGUCGGACGUCGAGGAAUAGGACCGUGGCAGUAUUAUUCCC